UCCUGCUUCUAGCUGAGCUCCUGUUUCUACAUUUUUAUUCCCUUAUGCACUCCUCCUCCUCACUGCCCUCCCCUCGGCAUCUGUUUCUGCUCCUCAGAGGAAGCCCAUGCUAGCAGCGUGUGGACUCAACAGCAGCUUUCUGUUCCAAGCAGCACCAAACAUGUGAGAAGAUGUCUGUUGGAGGUUGCGCUUGCCCAGGCUGUUCGUCCAAGUCGUUCAAGCUGUACUCCCCAAAGGAGCCUCCCAACGGUAGUGCCUUCCCCCCAUUUCACCCAGGCACUAUGCUGGACAGAGAUGUGGGCCCGACGCCAAUGUACACCCCUUCGUACAUGGAACCUGGAAUAGGGAGGCAUACACCAUAUGGAAACCAAACAGACUACAGGAUAUUUGAACUGAAUAAACGGCUGCAGAACUGGACAGAGCAGGAUUGUGACAAUCUAUGGUGGGAUGCCUUCACUACAGAAUUCUUUGAAGAUGAUGCCAUGUUAACAGUCACAUUCUGUUUAGAAGAUGGUCCUAAACGAUACACCAUCGGCCGAACGUUGAUUCCUCGCUACUUUAGAAGUAUCUUUGAGGGGGGAGCGACUGAACUCUUCUAUGUUCUAAAGCAUCCCAAGGAGUCUUUCCACAGCAACUUUGUGUCCCUUGACUGUGAUCAGUGCACUAUGGUCACGCAAAAUGGCAAGCCCAUGUUUACACAGGUUUGUGUAGAAGGCAGGUUAUAUCUGGAAUUCAUGUUUGACGAUAUGAUGCGCAUAAAGACGUGGCACUUCAGCAUCAGACAGCACCGUGAAGUCGUUCCACGCAGCAUAUUGGCCAUGCAUGCACAAGACCCACAGAUGCUUGACCAGCUCUCAAAAAACAUCACAAGAUGUGGGUUGUCCAAUUCAACAUUAAACUACCUCAGACUUUGUGUAAUCCUGGAACCCAUGCAGGAGUUAAUGUCCAGACACAAGACGUACAGCCUCAGUCCUCGAGAUUGUUUGAAGACAUGCUUAUUUCAGAAAUGGCAAAGGAUGGUUGCCCCACCAGCUGAGCCAGCAAGACAAGCGCCAAAUAAGCGACGGAAACGGAAAAUGUCUGGUGGCAGCACCGUGAGCACUGGUGGAGGCAACAACAGCAACAGCAACAGUAAGAAGAAAAGUCCAGCCAGCAGCUUUGCGCUCUCCAGCCAGGUACCUGACCUGGUUGGAACAAAAACCUGUACAGUUCCGGAGCUUGAGGACCGGAGUUGAGAACCACUACGUAAAAUCUCUUAUUAAAGAAAUAAAUUAAUGAAAUAAGCAAAUAAGUGAAAGCCUCAAUGGUACUGGAGUUAUGGUCAUGCUGAGUAUGGUCAUAAGCAGAAGUGGAUCAUGAAGCCAGACUCCUAAGAGGUGUUUGUUUUAUCUUAUUUGUUUUUGAUUUGUUGAUGAUUUUUUUUUCUGUCAUUUUUAUUUUUCUAGCAAUUUGUAAAGGAAAAAUUAUGAGCAAGUAAAAAAUAUCCUGAAUAUCCUUUGCACUGUUGCCACUCUAUUUUUGAUCUUUUUUUUUUUAAUGAAAAUUUAUAGUAAUUUUUUUUUUGUUUUUUAAUCAUUCUUUAUUAUUAAUAAGUGGAAUUUGAUUAAAUACGUAUGUGGAGUAUGGUAGAUUUAUAUAAUAAUAAUUUGUAUUAUUAAAAUUAUGACUUUGUGGUACAAAGCUACGGCCCUGUAAAAUGUGUGCUAAAGGUUUUAUGGCAUGUAUGUCUGAAAUCUGCCUGUUUUCAGACAUAAGGCUUACAGCGAGAGAAGCUAAUUAUUGGCAGGAUCUCCCCUUUUUAUGUAAUCUUAUUUGGAGGCUUUACCUCCAUGUGUAUGGUACACACAGUCUUACUGGAUAAUUUGAGUUGAUGUUCUCAUUGAAAGAGAUUUUUAGUCUGUACAGGAAAGUAGUCAACUCGAUACCUAUUAUGAAGUCUUCAUGGUACACUAACCAUGUGGUUUCAAAUGCAUAAGCAAAGCACCUCUUUUCCUCAACAAUAGAUUAUGUAAUUAUUUUAGUCUCCGAAGAAUGUUUUGUUCUUUUUCUUUUUUUUUUAUAUGCUACAGACCAAGGAUCUAAGAGCAAGAUAAUUCAACUCAACAAUUGUGUAUUUGAUUCUAUGAAGAAUACUUUUCAUAAUUUUGUUUGUGUAUUUGUGCUUGUAUAUUUAAGACUGUAGCUAAGGUCUGUAUAAGUGUAAUUGUAUUUACUCGUCUUAAGAACAUCUCUGAGGACUUGCAUUUUAAUGUAAAAAAAAAAAAACAACAAAAAAAAAACCCAUGCAUUGUAGUCAGUGUUUUUAGAAAUAUUAGCCAUAGGUAUCAUUUUAUUUCUGGGAUUAGCUUUUUCAGUGUACAAUGUAUUUAUUUUUUUCCCUUGUUGCAUCUUGUGUGUAUAUACAUUACAUGUCAGUUUUCUGCCAUUUUCAGUAGAGCAACAUGGCGCUGCCUUUCUACUUCUCAUUGCUUCAUUAUUUCAUUUUGUCUAAGCAAAGAAUUAAAAGUUAUCUAAAAAAAAUCAACCCUUUAGCUAUUAAACCCCUUAGACAUACUAGAUUAAAACACCAGAGGGCAUUCUGAAUUUUGAUUGUGUGUACUAUAUGGGGAAAGAGUUAUACUAAGUAUUCUGCCUGAGGCUCUGGAUGUUUUAUAUAUAAACAAAAAAAAAAACCUUCAAGUAAAAUCUUUGUUCACAUUUCUUCCAAAUGUUCUUUGUUUGGGGGUUUUCACCAAAAUAUCCGUAAAGGGUCAAACCCUUUUCGUUGUUCCUGUCGAGCCUCUUUGAUAGUGGCUGUUUGAUAAAUCUAUUUUUUUCUAUUGUCUGCUAUUGAUGAUCCAUGUAUGGUAUAAUAAAACCAAUUUUCAUGUAA